UUUCUGCUCGUGCUUGCGGUCCUGCUUCCAGUCGGACUGGACGCGUCUUGGGGCGAGCCGAAAGUCGACGAGAGGGGUGCCUGGCGGGAGAGCUACCGCGCUCUGCCCGCGAAAUGGUCCCGCCUCCCCCUCGCCGGCUGCGAUCUCCUCCCCUGCGGUCCCCUCUUCUCCUCCCACCUUGACGUCUGGAGCUGGCAGCCCGGCCGGUUCCGCAUUCCCGACCCCUCCCCGCAGCGCAGGGGCUGCUAUAUAAUAGGGGCUGAUGCAACCCACCCAGCCGUCCGACACAGCCUGCGAGAGGGGCGAAGCUGACUUGCGGCGAAGGCGGGGCUGCUGCUACCCAGGCGUGCCCGCGGCCACAGAGAUCGGUCCCGGGACCAGGCUGAGCUCGGCACGGAGGGCCAGGGGAGAGAAGCCGAGAGCCGCUCCCGGAGCUGGGCGGCGGCGGCGCUGGAGGACCUGAGCGUGCAACUCGCCUCCCGCUGCAGCCGGGCCCCGGGGGCACCUUUUCCGUUCCUCCGGGUGUGGAAUUGCAUAUCUUGCUAUGAUGCCAGGGCAGAUUCCAGACCCAUCCUUGACAGCUGGCGCUCUGCCUGGCCUUGGCCCUUUGGCAGGGUUACCUGGUACCACCUUGACAGCAGAAGAACUGAAGUAUGCUGACAUUCGCAGCAUUGGGGCCAUGAUCUCACCACUACAUUUCCUGGAGGUGAAACUGGGCAAGAGGCCUCAGCCAAUGAAAAGUGAGCUAGAUGAGGAAGAGGAAAGGAGGAAAAGACGCAGAGAGAAGAACAAAGUAGCAGCUGCUCGAUGUCGGAACAAGAAGAAGGAGAGAACUGAAUUCCUGCAGCGGGAAUCUGAGCGCCUGGAACUCAUGAAUGCUGAGCUGAAGGCACAGAUAGAAGAGUUAAAGCAGGAGAGGCAGCAGCUGAUCUUGAUGCUGAAUCGCCACCGUCCCACCUGCAUUGUUCGGACAGAUAGUGUGAAAACACCAGAGAAUGAAGCCAACCCACUGCUGGAACAGCUUGAGAAGAAAUGAAAGAGAGCAUGGUGGGCAAGGAGUUGUACAAACAGGGUCUCUGAGAGUCUCUCAUCUAUUUACUGUAUGACAAACUGUGCACUGUCAAGAUUAGUGCAGUCAUGACUAAUGAGCUUCCUUAAGGAUUGCACAUUCCAGAUAAAGGAAGAGACGAGGGAUCAAUGAAAGACCGAGGUGGGAAGCUGCCAUUGGCACUCAGAGGCUCAACUUGAGUGGGCGUGGAGGCCGUUGUGAAGGCUUUUCUGGUCAUCCUCACAGUACUUCAACUGGUGGAAGCUCUUCAAGCAACCCAUUGCAGUGCAUUCCAAGCCUGGAACGUGUUGGGACACUGGGAGGUAGCAUCAUGGUCCUCGCCACUCCUCUUCUCACAGCGACUGGUUGAGAGUUAGCAGGGAUUAGGUGGAAGCCAUCCACAGGCAAAACUGGGCAGACAUGAGUUCCUGCAUCCUCCCCAUUUAGAACCUGCCCUGCUUUCUCUCUCUCUCCAGAACUAAACCAGAAACCAAGAAUUGCAAACACUUGACACAAGUCCUGCCUCAUUGCUGGGCCUGUCUGUGGCACGGUGGCGCAGGCGCCCCCACAAGCACACCUUCAGUAUAAUGUUUACAGCCCAGCUGUCCAGAGGCCAUGCUUUUGAAAUGCACAUUUUUACACUUUUUAAAUAUUUUUUUAUAAAAGUUUUAUACAGUCUCUAUAUGGAUUUAUAUAAUCACUCGAUGUGAUCCAAUAGAAAUGUAUGUUAUUAUGGUCUUUGUUACAAAUAUAUAUGCCACAGUUAUCUCCUUUGUGUUAUUUGUUGGGUGGUGUCCGGGUCUUUUCCCUCGGCAUGCUGGGAAAGGGCCCUGGGCCUUCAGUCUGGCUCCACUGCCGUGUCCAUCCAUGUAUGUCCUUCAUAAUACUCAGUCCUGUAUCAGUAAAUGUUAACUUUUACUUAC